AGCUACGGCCAUGACGUAUAGUUAUCUUCAGCCUCCAUGAACAUGGUUUGUUUUUGUAAAUAAGAAGAAAAGUAAAAGUGUUUUGGAUACAACAAACCCCACCAUUUUUGUGUGUGCAAUUUAUAAAUUUAUAAAUAAUUAAUUAUUAGAACGACGUUCCCUGUUAGGAAGAACCAUAGCCUAAUAUGACUCGGGAUGUCGUCAAACAAAAACAGGGUCUUUGCCGGCUACACGACAAUGAACGCGGGUUCACGCUAAAGUACAAGGGCACUGGGGGUUUUUCUUCAUAUUUCCCGCUCGUCCCGGCCCCUGUUUGACUCUGUGUCGUGUUAUCGAUAGCGCCGUGAACUGCCUUCCGUUUCCCCAUAGUGACCAGUGACAUAUCGACAUAAGAGAUUCACAGUCUUUUCUCUUUAUCGUCAGCAGGAGCACGGUGUUUGUCUUAUCCUUGUCAUUCGACAAUACUUUCAUCGCCGGUAAUCUUAUAUUACAGAUCUGAAAAACAGGCAGUAUCCCAGCGAUAAGGAUUUGUCCUCAUUAAUAUUACCACGUGGCAGUCGGAACAAGGUUGGUAUAUAUAUGCAUUCCGUCCACAGUGUUUUAACAGCUUGUUCUGAAUGUGCACGUAAAACCCUAUGAGAUGACAUGACAGUGUUUUGAUAGAAAAGUCUUGGGGAAAAAAGGAUCUAAAUGUGAAAAACUGAUGAAUGAAAACCAUCCUGUAUGCAGAAGAACACGUUAUUGCGAAUAAGAAUAAUCUUAUAGACGAUACCAGGAAGCAUAUGUCGAUCUUGGCGGGUUAAUCAACCUGUACUGCGACAACACCUGUAAAACGACGCGAAAACAGUGGCGAAAAAAAUCAUAACAAAAAGGCAGCAUGGAUACUGAUAAAACGUCUCGUCCCAAAAUGGAACAGAUGGACGUAAGCGAUACCAAAGCAGAAACCGGCAAUGAUAACAUCGUGAAUUUGAAACCAAAAAUUUCUCUCCUCAAUGGAAUAACAGUUAUUGUCGGCAGCAUCAUUGGAUCGGGUAUUUUCGUGAGCCCUCGGGGAGUCCUAGAGAACUCAGGUAGUGUCGGCAUGUCUUUGAUCGUGUGGUUCAUGUGCGGAGUCUUCUCGAUGGUGGGGUCUUACUGUUACUCGGAGCUCGGCACCAUGAUCCCAACCUCGGGAGCAGACUAUGCCUACAUAAUGUAUGCUUUCGGGUCGUUCGUGGCGUUCCUCAGACUCUGGAUUGAGUGUGUCAUUGUCAGACCGUGCACCAACGCCAUCGUGGCUUUAACAUUUGCUUAUUACGUCAUCGAACCCUUAUUCCCAGACUGUGAGCAGCCUGGCAUCGCGGUGCGCCUCCUGGCAGCCAUCUGUGUGCUUCUUCUAACAUUCGUGAAUUGCUGGGACGUGAAAUGGGCAACACGGGUACAAGACGUCUUCACAUACGCCAAGGUGGCCGCGUUAAUUCUCAUCAUCAUCACUGGAUUCGUCCAGAUGGGUAGAGGAGAGCUCGAAGCUUUCGAGAAACCAUUUCAAAACACGGAGACGGACAUUGGAAAAAUAUCACUGGCCUUCUACUCAGGACUGUUUGCAUACAAUGGAUGGAAUUACCUCAACUUUGUAAUAGAAGAACUGAAGGAUCCAUACAAGAACUUGCCGAAGGCGAUCUGGAUUUCCAUCAUCAUGGUGACGAGCGUCUACGUGAUGACAAACAUUGCCUACUUCUCCAUCAUCACCACCGACGAGAUCCUCAGUGGGGCCGCUGUGGCCGUGAUGUUUUCAAAGCGUAUGUAUGGCGUCAUGUGGUGGAUUAUGCCAGUGUUUGUGUCCUUGUCGACAUUUGGUGGUGUUAACGGCAUUCUUUUCACAACAUCAAGACUGUUCUACGUGGGUGGGCGAGAAGGUCACAUGCCACAAAUACUUAGUAUGGUCCAGAUCCAACGAAUGACUCCAUUGCCGGCCUGUCUGUUCAUGGGUCUGCUGACUUUGGUCUACUUGACAUCAUCGGAUAUCUAUGCUCUGAUUAACUAUGUCGGAUUUGCCACAUGGUUGUCAAUUGGUUUGUCUAUUGUGGUGCUCCUGUAUCUGAGGUGGAAGAGACCCAACAUGCCGCGACCCAUCAAGGUUGGUCUUGUGUGGCCGAUCAUAUACACUCUGUGUUCUAUAUACCUGGUUGUGUUACCUCUCUAUGCUAGUCCAGUAGAAACGGGUAUUGGCUGUAUGAUCAUUGCCUCUGGUGUCCCAGUGUACAUAAUAUUUAUCUACUGGGAAAACAAGCCAAAAGGAUGGUAUAAUAUGCUUGACAACAUCACGAUUUUCCUGCAGAGACUUUUGAUGGUGGUUCCAGAAGAGAAGAAAAUGUCUUGAUAAUUCUGAUAUGUAAUGCUCUUGUGACAAUUUUGUUCUCGGCAAGCUGUGAUGAAUGAUUUGGCAGUUUUCAUAUUUCACUUCAUAUAGUGGUAGCCAUUUUGGAUUUGGUCAUCUUAUGAAUUAUGGCAACAUAUUUUACCAAAAUUAUUUGAAGGAACAUACCGGUAGUUAUUUUUUUCCCCCCUGAAUAUAUUGAUGAAUCCAAAUCAGUUAUCUGAUCUUGUUCAGAACAAAAAUGGACCCUAGCUAGUACAUACAGAUGAUACAUAUAAUAUACUGACACGCCAAAAAACCUACACCAUUCUUAGACCGAUUUGGAAGUUAUAUAAAUCAUUUACAUAAUUCUCCUGCUUCGUGUGAACAGCUGAUUGCUAUACAAGAGUGAUUCACAUCAUGGAAGUGUACAUGAUAUCAUAAGAUUAAAAUGUUCUGUGAUAUACAUGUAUGCAUCUUACCGGUGAUUAGACUUGACUUGGUAUUUAACGUGCUCAUAUACCUCUAUGGUUUUGAACACACCUAUCCCGAGUCCGGCAUCCAAUAAGAUCGGGGGUCUGACUCGGGACAGGAAUGGGAUUAGAACAUAAACAGUAAAACCCCUCUGAACAGGACACCCGAUGGACCACGUAAAACAUCGAGUAUUCAGAGGUAUCUGGCUUAAAGGUGGGGUUUUCUUGAUUGAAGCAAAGGUCUUUGUUGGGACCAUGAAAAAUGUCCAGUUUUGAGAGAAUUCCAGUUUACUGAGGGUCUGGUUUUGAGAGGUUUCAGUAUAAAGUACACGUAUAGACAAAUUUCAAAACCAAGAAAUUCAUUCGAGUGCAGUUAAUAUGUCGUCUAAAAACUGAGCCGCGCGUCUUCAGUGCGCCAGUAUUCAUAUAUUUAAAGUUUAUGUGAUAGUUUACAUACUCAAAAACCUUCUAUAAUUAAAAAAAACUAAAUAAAAAGUGAAGUUUUGAAUCACUAAGUAUGUGCUAGUUAUAGUAUAUGCUGUAGUUAAACUAUAUGUUGUUAAUUAUCAGAUGCGUGUACAGGGAAUUGUGCAGGUUGGGUUCAGGACUAUGGCGAGUGAAGUGUUAUGGGGGGGGGGGUGUCGGGUCGUGCUCCCAGAAAUAAAAUACAUUUUUUUUUAAAUUGUUGCAGGGAGGUGCUUUGACCCCCCCCCCCCCCCCCAGAUAUUGAUUCAAAGGUGUCAAAACUAGAUGUAUGUUGUGUUAUCAGAUACUGAAUUCGGAUAUUGAUUCAAAGAAGGAGUAAAAACUAGAUGUAUGUUGUGUGUUAUCAGAUAAUGAACUCAAAUAUUGAUUCAAAGAAGGUGUAAAAAUUAGAUGUAUGUUGUGUGUUAUCAGAUAAUGAACUCAGAUAUUGAUUCAAAGAAGGUGUAAAAACUAGAUGUAUCUUGUGUGUUAUCAGAUAAUGAACUCUGUCCUGCUCGUAGUCUUGUUUUGUCGUGCUAUUCUUCAUUAGAAUAUGAGGUGAAUCUGUACUCGAAUUGGGUUACAGCUCUUUAGUCCGAAGGUUCAACACUAACCCUAACCCUAGGUUCAGUAGUCUGAAGGUUCAGUAAUCCAAAGGUUUAUAGACCUAACCCCGGACUAUUGAACCUUCAGACCAUUGAACGUUCAGACUAUAGAGUGGUCCCCCUCAAAUUGUACUUGGCAUGUCCACUGUCAGUUGCGAGUAGCUACCACAAAUAAAGACUUACACAUACAUGAAUUUAAGGGAGUGUCUGGGAUACGCACAUACCUUUCGACCUUCAAAAUGCUCCCAAAAUCUGGUGUGUAACAUGUUUUUAAUCCAUUAAUAAUUUUUAGUGGGAUGAAAGUAAUAUCUUUGUUGCACUACCUCCUGAGAAAAAUCUUACAUCUGCCCAUGAUAGAAAAAUAAUGUGUCUGCAUCCUGAUUAUAUUGAGCCUAGCUGAAGAUUUUCUGUAAAUAGCAGCUAAUUUUCUGACUGGUAUCUAUUAGUUGCAUAGCUGUCAAAAUAUUAAAAUUCACUGUUGCUUUAUGAAAGAAUGGUUGGUUCCAGUAUUGUGAAAUGAAAUGGAAAAAAGAUGUGCAUUUUGUGCAUAAAACAUGUAGUUUUUAUGUUUGCUCUUUGUGUUAGUAGAGCUACGUUUUUGUGUACCAUUUUCAAUUUCCAUUUGUUGAUGUCAAUCUAGAUUGAUCUAGUUUUUGCCAUCUGCUGGCAUUAUUUUUUGUUCUUUAUAUCAGUAGCUUUGUUUUUCUUUUGCAUUUAUUUUUGUCACUCUAGAUUUGUCUAUCCUGCCAUAUUUUGACAUUAUUUGUUUUAUUCACUUAUUUGUUUUAAUACAGUUUACCAAGGGAAUUUUUGAUGGCUACUGUCAGCAGAAUGUCAUGACUAUUCAUGAAUGAAGAAAUUACACUUUUUAAACAAAUGUUAUGUUUUUGCAGAAAUAUUAAGAAGCCGAUCAUGAAAUUGAUUUAAUUUUUAUGACUGUAUUGAUAUACAUGUAUACUCUAUGCAUGUAUUUUAGAGGAAUACAUUCUUUCAGUA